AAGUAAUGUCACAUGAAAGAUACAGGGACAGUAAUUGGAACUAGUUUGUGAUUAUUUUUCUCUGAUAACGGUUCUUCGAAAGGAGCUCUUGCUAUCCGUCGCAGAUCGUGUCCAUUUCAGCGAAGGAAUUUUACAAAAACGGUUACAAUACGGUUCAAAGUGUCGAUAUUCUAAGUGUUGUUCCAGAAAGCAGUGCAUUUACUUUAAGUGAGAAACGGCAAGAGGAUAAAACUAGUUUUGUUUUUCCUACGGUGAAAAUACUUCUUUAACGAGCAAAGAAUCACUGAACGAACAUAAGUUGCAGUGGAAAAAAUCAAUUUUGAGUGAAUUGAUUAUCCCAGAUUGCUGCCCACAUAUUCGUCAACCUAACCAGGAAAUAGAUAAUUCACAAUAGUAUGGCGGCCGGAGAUCCAAAAUGGCAGAAGGAUGCGUCCGACCAGAACUUUGAUUACAUGUUCAAGCUACUCAUCAUCGGUAAUUCCAGUGUGGGUAAAACGAGCUUUCUGUUCCGAUACGCUGAUGAUUCGUUUACGUCUGCCUUCGUUUCUACGGUGGGAAUUGAUUUCAAGGUGAAAACCGUAUUUAGGCACGAUAAAAGAGUUAAACUACAAAUUUGGGAUACUGCCGGCCAGGAACGAUACCGCACAAUUACCACUGCAUACUAUCGAGGAGCCAUGGGAUUUAUUCUAAUGUAUGAUAUUACGAACGAGGAAAGCUUCAAUUCCGUUCAAGAUUGGGUGACGCAAAUUAAAACAUACUCCUGGGACAACGCACAAGUAAUUCUCGUGGGCAACAAGUGCGACAUGGAAGACGAGCGUGUAAUAUCGUUCGAACGUGGUAAGCAACUGGCCGAUCAGUUGGGCGUUGAAUUCUUCGAAACAUCCGCAAAGGAAAACGUGAACGUGAAGAACGUAUUUGAAAGACUAGUGGAUAUUAUCUGCGAUAAAAUGUCGGAAAGCUUAGACUCCGAUCCAACACUGGUAGCAGGAGGCCCCAAAGGCCAGCGACUAACAGACCAGCCCCAGGGUCCACCAAACGCCAAUUGCAACUGCUAAGAAUCACUUCGUAGCGUUCAACCAACACCGAGUCGAAUAAAAACAGCAUACGAUUACAUUGCUACUAGGAUAUCCACCCCUCUUUAUCGCAGAAAGUCAGCUGGAAUACAGAAACAUCUCUCCAAGUACGUGGUACCACAGAGAUGUCGGGAAACAUUUUGGAUUGGAAGAAUUGUUCAUAUCGUAAAGCAUAACGGCGUUGUCUUUUUCGUUGCUCUAAAAUUUGUUGGAUAAAUUUAAGAUCGUUUCAUUGUGGAGAUAGCAACAUUGAUCUCGGUGAUUUGGAGUUCGGAGUCACAUUAUAGAAUCCGGGAUUCUGUGUGGAUGGUCUUUGUUUUUAUCUGGAGCAAAAUGUCUAGAAAUACUAUUGGAAAACUGAUGUUGUCAGUUAGUGAAUAUAACAAUAGAGCGUGUAGUAAAAGCGGAAAAUUUUGUUGGUAGGAAGAGCACUCAUUUACAGACACAGUACGAAUAUCUAGGUAUGUUGUUCUAGUGUAGACAAUAAACAUAAGCGAAAGUUUGGGCGAUCUGCGAAUUUCAGUUGCAAUUACUGACACAGAAAUCAUCAGUAUUAAACAUAACGGAAAUAUGUUAACUGAAAACCGAUACAAUCAUCCACUAAUAAAAGGCAUGAUUUUUUGCUAACAAACAGAAUUGGAGCUUGGAGUGUUGAAUCAACAAGCCUGUGUGGCUUUUUGGCUUUAUUUCUCAGCAGUACGCAGUCAAUUGGUCACUAUAAACAGUAUAUCGAUCAGCAUUCCACGAGGCAGAGUUAAUCCGAUUUAGGAACAUCCUACCAUGAGUUGAGUAGAUCACAUCCUGUAAGACUAGAAUGACAAGAAUUCCUUGAACUUACUGACGAUGUAAAUAACCCCCUUCGUAGGGCAUUGCCACCAGGUAGUGUCAAAUUUUGUUUGACGUUUUUGGAUCUAUGAGAAGUAAAUCUUCCAACUAUGUAACAACUUUAAAAUAAAGCAUAAAAUCAACGACAUCGACAGAUUCACCAAAGAAACAAAUAGACAUACAAAUACAAACAUAUUGCUACAAAUCGAACCUUUUUUGUCGUACUUUGGACACUAACUGUGAAUUAUAAAAAAAAUACACAAGGAUGAAUAAAUGGUGUUAGCUAAAACGAAAUACAAACAACUGAAUGAUGUUAUCAAUGUCUCCAUCAUUCUAAUGCGUGUUUUCGUUGUUCAUUGAAGUUUCAAUCGAAGGGAUACGUCUUAACAAAUAUAAUAUAAAUACAUCUGCAUGUGCCUACAAUAGCUGAGAGAUGUUCUCCAACAAACUGAUUUCACUUUGACCAUCUUUUUUCCAAACAGGAAAAAUCGGUUUUUCGAGACUUUCUCUGUUGUUGCUAGUGCUUAUCUUCUAACCAUGAUAUGGCGAAUAAGCUACGCUCCAUUGGUUUCCAGCCGAAAAGAAAACAAAUAGCAUGCCUAAUUCCGAAGUUGUAUUUACAUAAAUCUCGACUUAUAUCAAAGAAGCAGAAAUCGUUCGAAUCGCACAGAACCACUGUUUUAUUACCGAUUUUUGUUGCAAUAAAAAUGCUUACAGAUUAAGAUAUUUUUAUUCGGCCAAAACCUGCUUCUUCAAAUGAAUUCGAACUAUAUCGAUACAUUGUGAUUGUUGCUCACUAUACAUGCACUGUAAUUUAUUUAGGAAGGAUAUUUUUGAUAUGUUCUGGAUGGUACACAAAACGGUAAGCGAAUAAUAUUUUGUACAGAACUAAUUAUAAUACAGAUUGAUUCUACAUUAUUUUUUUGAUCAAAACCCUUAUAGUGAAUUCGUAUCUAAUAUGUACACUGAUAACUAAUUUGCCCAUAACUUAAUCAAUGAAGGAAAACAAUUAACGUAUAAACGUACUACAAAACAAACAAAAUUAAAAUAAUUAUCAUUAUUGUUGUAAUAAAUAAACUAUAUAUACCUACUAAUAAGCAGAGAAAUAUAAACAAAAUCCUACCAA